GGGGCUGGCGGGGUGGGGUGGUGGUGAGUUUUGCGGCGGGAAGGGGUGGAGGAUUUGGGAGGGUUUUGAGAGAAAGCGCUCUUGAGCUGUUUCUAGAAGGCAAAGAAGAAGGUGGAGAGGAAACGGACAGACGGACAAAAGUUAGAGAGGGCGGACGGGCGAGGGAGAGAGGGAGGGAGGGAGGGAGACAGAGCGAGAGAGCGAGAGAGAAGGAGGGAGGGGAGGGGAGGGGGAGGCUCCGGCAGCGCAGAGAGGGAGGGGAGGGAGGAGAGGAGAGCGAGGAGGAGGAGGAGGAAGAGGGGCCGUGGAAGUGGUGGUGAUUCUGGUGAAGAAGGGCCGCGCUUCUUCAGGCAGGACAGCACAGCUUCUGCGUAGAAAGAGGGUGACUUUCGUGACGGGCCGCAAGAGGAGGUGCUUGCUGCUAGACGAAGUGCUGUGUUUUGUUCGCUCCCUGGAGAUCGAGGUCGAGGAGGCAGGCCGAUUUUGGUAGGGUUGGCGAGUGGAGCUGAUCAGAGCGGAGACGGAGUAAGAAAGCCGUGCCUCAACUUUGUUCUUGGUAGGGGAGUUCGUGUACCUUGUUGCGACGAGUGAUAUUGUGCCCAUUGCAUCGGAGAGGUCGCCAGCGGUUUCUGAGGCCGAGUGUACGACGGUGGUUCUUAGUGACUCCCUAGUAUUCAUCAUCGCCGGAGUCUGCUAGAGGAUUGCUCGCUGCCAGAUCCUUUGUUGUGGAGACAGGGAUACCCGAACGUAAAACUGGAAGACAUGGCAGCACCUAAUUCUUCUCUUAGGAAACCCGUGUUCAUUAAGGUAGAUCAACUUCGUCCCGGGACUGCGGGACACACUCUGACGGUGAAAGUCGUGAGUUCGAAGCUCGUCCUUCAGAAGGCCCGCCCUGAUGGGAAUCAAGUUCGUCAUGUGCGCAUUGCAGAGUGUAUCGUCGGCGACGACACUGGUGUGAUUGUCUUCACAGCCAGGAACGAACAAGUGGACCUAAUGAAGGAAGGAGUAACAGUCGUUUUGCGGAACGCUAAAAUCGACAUGUUCAAGGGGUCAAUGCGGCUGGCCGUGGACAAGUGGGGCAGGGUUGAAGUUACGGACCCGGCCAAUUAUGUAGUUAAGGAGGAUAACAAUCUGUCUCUCGUCGAAUACGAGCUCGUCAACGUCGUAGAUGAAUAGUCUUUUGAGCAGAUAAAGAUUUCGGGGAAUGUUCAAUCGAUACCCCUGGGAUUAAUCGCUCGCGAUCAGACGAUAUAGAAGAGGCGGCAAGCAGAGACCCGAGCAGUGCAGGCAUCAGACCGAACAGACAACAUUUCUUUCCUCCCCCGAUAUUGUGAGGUGCCGAGAAACCCUGGCCAACUCCAGCUUUUUUGAGUUUCCGACAGCGAUCCUACAAAUCAUUUGCUUCUCACCGGAACACCUACCUCCAGUGUUUUUCUAAUGUGCUAAGACUCCGCUGAAGACCGUUGUUAGCAGGAAGUGGGAGUAUGGCAUUUCUAUAAGCAGCUUAUCUUUGCCAGACGAUAGAUAGGAAUUGGUGCCUGUAGUUCCAAGACCUACGCUAUCCUGGUUCUUUUGCACUACAAAGGGAUGUGCGGCGUGCUGGCAAUCUUUCUUCCAGACCACGAUAGCAUAUCUGGCAACUAGCAUGUGGUCGGUUUCACGGAAGGCUUUGAAUGGGAGCUCAAAGCUUGAAACUACAGUUUUACUAACCUCGGCAAGAAUCAUCUCAAUCAUCUCUCCUGCUUAUUAUCGAUGGAGAUGCCGUCAAUCUAUUCACUCAGGAAAGACAAUUUAGGCACAGUGAGUCUUGUGGCCCCUAUAGAGUGCGCGUCUGGAGUGUGUUGCUCUUUGUGUUGCUCAGGAGAGUUGUUUGUACAAAUUUUCACCCUGAUGCUCUUGAGCCUACUGGGCAUGUAACUGGUCUUGCCUGUCCUUAUUGGGUGAUGGUGUUAUCAUCGUAUCUGCGCAGUUCGACUCUCUCUGGUCUUCAUUCGUGGCAGUUGUUUAAGCCACCAUGGCAUGUACUGGAUUUUGAAUGAUAUAUUAAUAUACAUAUG